AUGUCAACCGAGUCACGAAAACGACCAGCAGAGUCGGACCAAGAGGAUGGCGCCGACGCCAAGCGGCCACGGUUCCGAUCUCCGCAUACCAUACUCUCCGUCGGACGGCUAGGCUCAUCACCUCAUGCCUCGGCAUCACCGACUACAGAGGAGUUGGCAAGCAAGGGUCUGCGACGCGCAAUUGCAUUGGCAUUGGAGAAGGUCGGAUUUGACGGCGCCACGCCCGAUGCCAUGGAGAGCUUCGCUGCCAUGGCAGAGACCUACAUUAUUUCGCUUGGUCAGAGUGUGCGGACGUUCAAGAACUCGGCCCGGCGCCAACAUCCGAUUCCUCGCGACUUUGAGCUGGCCUUGGGGCGCUUCAAUUUAACCACAUCACUAUUGGAACCACAUAGGAAACCGCCAAUUCCGAGGUCAAAACGCUUGCCAGCGUGGGAACCUCUACCGGCCGAUCCUCUCGAGAAAGACCUUCCGAUCCUCGGCGAGGAGCUGGACGGUGCUCCGGACAAGGCAGGGAAGCAGUACAUUCCCGAAUCAUUUCCCGCGUUCCCGAGUAUUCACACAUACAAAUGUACUCCCGAGAGCGUCGACGCCGUCACAGUGUCAGACGACUGGGGCACGUUCAACCCCGAAACCUCAUCUCAGACACUCGACGGGUCUCAGACGCAACCACCGCAACCACAACGACCACUCGCUCCAGACGAGAUACCCCAUGGAGAUCCCAAGAAGAUGCGUGAAGCGGCAGCGAAGGAGGCGAAGGCAGGUGAAGGAGCACUUAGGAGGCUGAUGCGUGCAUCCAAGAUCGCGAAACAGAAGGAGGUUUGGUCCGCAGCGCAACGGCAACCGGCACGGCGCGAGCGCUACAACCUAUGGGAGGCUGCAAUGCGCGAGCUGAUCGAGGACGACACCAAGUCCAAGGGCAAGGAGUUUCAUCCGGCGGCAAUGCAUGGGGACAAAGGCCGGUUCGAAAUUGCGGAUCACAGCAUGAUUGUGAACACGGAGAAGGCUUCGUAUCGGCAGGACCUACCCCGAGCGGGGACCAGAAAGGCAGUUGUCUCCGGACAUGGAAUUACAGGGAAGGGAUGA